AAGACUUACACACAUUGAUCACGAUUUUGACCGAAGAGACUUCCAGCCUGCGCCCGACUUCUCAACAUCAACCACAUACCGCCGGAGCGCAUUCAACCACACAUCCUACUUACUUACAACAAGUAGAGCGCAACGAUGGCACCAAAGAAGGCAAAGAAGUCUACCGACUCCAUCAACUCGCGCCUGGCGCUUGUGAUGAAGUCCGGCAAAGUGACUCUGGGAUACAAGUCGACCUUGAAGACUCUCCGCAGUGGAAAGGCCAAAUUGAUCAUCAUCGCUGCCAACACCCCGCCCCUUGUCAAGAGCGAACUCGAGUACUACUCUAUGCUCUCCAAGACAAACGUCCAUCACUUUGCCGGAAACAACAUUGAACUCGGAACUGCCUGCGGAAAGCUGUACCGAUGCUCUACCAUGGCUGUCCUCGAUGCUGGUGACUCGGAUAUUCUGGGUGCUGGUACCUCAUGAGCAGACCAGGGUCCUCCUCAGACAUAUUCAUUAUGCUGCGAUUCAUGCGGUGCCUUCGAUGCAUAGGUUCGAGGACGACCAGUCGCAAGGAAAUUGCAGACCAGUGUGGUCCUUGUGACCAUCAGCGGAGGCAAGUCGUUACGGAAGAGAUGGCAGUAUUCAGUCAAAUUCAAUGAGCAUGCUUCACUCGGUCACAUCAACCAUGCAAUGCUUUUCUUGCCUUACAAUUGAUUAUUUGUGAGAGACUAGACGUUCCAUGUCCUCUCUGCGGAAUCUCUAUUUGGUACUCUCCUUUCGUCCUUACGUGAACAGCCAGUAAUAGUAUUCUGUGGA